ACGAUGUUGCCGCUGCGAGUGUGUUGUGCUGCCGCUCAAUGAAGUGUAUUUGGACGGCGAUAAUUACGUUGAGCUGCAGCAAACACAUACAAUUACCGUUAUGCUGUUGCGUGCGAGUGCUGAGUAUGCCGAGCGUGUGCGCUAUGUACUGCAUGUGUGUUGCUGUGUSGAAAAACASAAUAUUUAGGGGAAUGAAAUGGGAGACAAAAAAUAUUAUACACACACACAAUACACAUAAAUACAAAUAGCAAAAGGUGUGAAAUGCCUACUUUAACAAAUGACUUUUGUUUACAAUUACAGCAAUAAAAUAUUUUUAUYUCUGUGCUCAACGUGAUUUAAGAAAAAAGAGUGUGGAAUUAAGGGAGAACGAGUGGGAAAUUAAAAAAAAGUGUGAAAUUAAAUAAAGCACUAUUUUUCAUGAAUUCUUAAUGAUUUAUUGCUAAUUUUACAAUUAAAGCAGUAAUUGAAAACUUACGGAAGUAAACGCCCGAAAACAAAACGUGCUAUUGUGUGCAGAAAAAACAAAAUUUAUGUUUGCUUGAACUUGCUUGCACCUCAUUUGGAUUAUGGAAAAUGUUACUGCGACCGCAACAGCAGCCACUAUAAGACAGCAACAACAACAAUUACAACAGCAUCAACAGUUGCAGCAACACCAUCAAGAGCAACAGCAGCAACAUGAGCAUCAACAACAAUUUUGCUUGCGUUGGCACAAUCAUCAGACUAGUCUCUUGAGCACACUGCCAGUGCUGUUGGAUCAAUCACAUCUGACUGAUGUCACCAUCUCGGCAGAGGGGCGUACUUUGCGUGCGCAUAGAGUUGUGCUCAGCGCAUGCAGCACUUUCUUUCUGGAGCUCUUUCGUACACUGGACACCACCAGCCAUCCAAUUAUUAUCAUACCAGGCGCUUCUUUUGCAGCCAUUGUGGCGCUACUCACCUUCAUGUACUCCGGUGAGGUAAAUGUGUAUGAAGAGCAAAUACCGAUGUUGCUUAAUCUGGCAGAGACUUUAGGCAUUAAAGGGCUGGCCGAUGUGCAAAAUAAUUUACAGAAAGCAAAUAGACGCGCUGCAACAGCACCACCGGCGCCACCACAGAACGCGCAUGACUUCUUGGAUGCCUUGCGUAAAGAAGAGUCUUACACGCCGCCUACGCCACCCUCCCCGCCAGCAGUACCAACCACUUCUAUGGCACCGCCCACGUUGCCACCACCUUUAGCCUCCACCGUACCACCGCCAAGCGCGCAGUUACCUUUACUCUCCGCCGCCACAGUGCCGAACGCAUUCAAUUCAACGCUACUCGGCAGCAAGCUUCCCACACCGCUGGAGAGCUUGUUUCUGAAAUCCUUGCAGUUUUACCCAAAUUUGCUGCCGCAGCCACUAAAUUUCUCACAAACAGCGCUGAAUAAGACAAAUGAACUGUUGGCUAAAUACCAACAGCAAUGCAACAGUUUGUACCAGGAUGCGCAAGGCUUGUCCGCUAAGGAGAUUCCACCAGCGUACGCCGCUGAUGACUACGCGCCAACUGGCCAGUUGUUUACUGGCGCGUUGGAUGAGGCUCCCGUUGGUUAUGGCGCUGCUAAGCGUUUCUGUUUAGGUGAAAAACAGCGAACAUUAAGYCUAUCAACGGCGCAAYCGCAAUUGACGCAUCUACAUUAUCCUCACCAACAGCCACAUGCACCGUCGCCAGAAGCGCACAUGAAACACACAUUAACACAUACACAAACGAGUUCAUCACAACAAAAAGACAUUAAACGUAUUGAUAAGAUUGUAGAAAACUUACGSAAAACACCAACAGUCGGUGAAAGUGGCUUGUUGGGCGCAACAUGUGUGCCGCAGUCACUACAGCAGCAACGUCAAUCACCGCUACAACAGCACCAAAGCCUACAUGGUCAACUCCAGGCGCCGUCGCUGAGCGUGAAGACGUCAUUGGGCGGUAACUACACGSCUACCUUGCAAUCACCACAUUUGAGUGGACACAAAUCACCCUGGUCUUUGUCUGCGACAGCAACUUGCGGUACGACACAGAGUCAAUUACAGCAGCAACAUCAACAACACGCACACGCUAUGCCUUAUUUGAGCGCAGAGGAGCAAGUGGCCAAGCUGCAGCAGCAAAUCGAUCAGUUUGCUAGCUGUAGCCGCAGCGUUGCACCUACUGCAACCACAGCAACGGGCGCCGUUAGUAGUGAGCUUAAAGCUAACGCGCAGUCCGAUGCGAAUAUAUUGACUACACAGACAGAGAAGCCACCCCUUGGYUCAGCACAUGCGGCGCAUACGUCCAAUGCGCCGAACACAAGUCCACAGCAGAAACCACCGUCCAAUUCGAAGUUGUAUGCGACUUGCUUCAUAUGCCACAAACAACUCAGCAAUCAAUAUAACUUGCGUGUGCAUCUAGAAACCCAUCAGAAUGUACGUUAUGCUUGCAAUGUGUGUUCGCAUGUGUCGCGCAGUAAGGACGCUUUGCGUAAGCAUGUCUCUUAUCGCCAUCCCGGCGCGCCCUCUCCCUGCGAAUCGGAAGCGCGUCGCAAACGUGCCUCUAAAGCGACUAAUGCGUCACCGCCCAUCAUUACCGUCACCACACCAACAAGCGCURGCAAUUCAAGCAGCGGCAGCGCGACACCCACCUCACCUGCCGCUUCUGUCAGUGCACCAUUUCAAUUAAAUCCCCUCAAUACGAUUGCCACGUCAGCUGCGGUCACAACGGCCACAUCAAGCGGCACUGGCAGCACGUCUGCUUUGGACGCCGAAGUGCAAAUGGUCGCUGCAGCACAAUUGAGUUCCGCGUAUAUGUUUCUACCAAAUCAAUUUCACUUAGCGGCUGCAGCAGUUGCUGCUGCACAACAACAAAGAGAUGCUACGAAUACAGCAGCAGCAGUUGCAGCUUUAAGUUUUUCCGCAACUUCGGCAACAUCUGCGCCAACUACCACGACCGCAGCGAAUGGUGAAGAUAGUGCUGCCGGCUUAUUGUCAGGUAGUAUGCAUAUAAAACGUGAACCCAGUCCAACUAUAAGCAGUCCAGGGGUGAGGCAACAAAUUAACAGCAAUAAUAAUAGCCUGGGCGGCGGAGCCGAUAUGAAUCCAACAAAUAUGCCUUAAUAAAAAUGUUUGCAGUACCUACUUUAGUCACACUAAACACUUUUUAGUGCACUUUUUCCACCACUUACUAACUUAUUUCUAUCUAUGUUAAUUAUGUCACAAUUUUAUUAGCAUUAUUCUUGCUUAUUUAGUAGUUAAAAAGCGGCUAUUAGACAUAAGUCCUUUAAAUACCUUUGAUUUCACGUCAAACCCAUUGUUAGCCCCGGCUGUGAUAAUUAGCGAAAACCGUUUAUUUUAAUUAUUUUACUGAAGUUCACGUUAUAACUUUUAGUUAUUUUUAUAUAUAAUAUAAAGCAAUCACUUAGCACCUACAUAAGUAACGCCACUGACACUCGAACAGCUGUCACUGUUUGUUGAAAUGUUUGCAGUUUUCAAAGUAAAAUAUCAGUAAACCAUAGGCUAGAUUGCUUAAUGCCAGACUUUCCACAAGAAUUUAAGUUAUAUAGAUUUGAUAGCAACAAUAAAACAGCACUUACCGAUAUUUCGCUCAAUUUGCUUUGCAUCCUGCUAGUGGCAUAACAAACACUUGUGGAUUUGGUUAUUAACACAUUACCUUUCCCAUUAUUUCUGUAAACACUUUAUAUACACCACUUCUAAUUACCAAAAAGCACCGUAWAUGUGCUCCACUUUUGCACAUUUCUAACAGAGAAAUUAGCACUUGGGCCAAUCUGCUUGGCCGCUUCUUAAUGCCAGCAUGCUUCUUAAUGAAGCAGCAGACACACAUUAUCCACAAUAUACGUACACACUUCAUCUACUUAUGAUUUCACACAGUCAAUUUGUUAAAAACAUACUUUACACACUCAUAACAAAGAAAUUAAUAAUUUGUACAAAUCUGCAGUGCCGCCUUCUAAAGGCUUGUGCUGGCAGCAGACACACAUGCUUAUUUGCGUUAUUCCUUCACUACUUUUCCUAAUAUACAUAUCUACUUAUUUGCAAGUAAUACACUACACUUUGUUUGUUAAUACACACCACACAUUAAAUGAAAGAUAUUUUCUCACUUUUAACAACAAAUUAACACUUUUCUAAGUACAUUGCACAAGUAACGCCUUUUGACAGCUAAGGAAGCGGAAAACUGUAAAUUUAAAACAGUGCUGCCAUACAAGCAAGUGGUGACAUUUAAAAUGUCAGGGUUGCAUUUUCCUUAUAAAAAAUUGUUUAAAUGUGUUGAAUUUGUUUGUUAUUUCAAAUAAUUAAUUUCAAUUUUUUAUUGUUGUUUUUGUUUUUUAAAUAAGAAUAAUACCUUGCAUAUUUUCUGUACAUUAUAGGAGGCUUUUUUGGUUAGAAAUCAUAUUCACUUUAUACUAACAAUUAUUUUUUAAAUAUUGUAAUUCAAUUGUUAUUACAAGCAAUUAUAACGAAAGACAAUGAAGUUAAUCAAUUUGUACAUCUACGCAGCCAUACAACACAUCUACAGAUGUGUAUAUGUAUGCACUUGAAUAAUACAUACGCAUUAAAUAGGUUUCACAAAAUUACUCUAAAUUAGACUGUAAGUUAAAAAGGUACAUUUUAUACAAAGAAAAUGACUUUUAUACACAAACAACACACA